AUCCACCUCCAACCGUCACGCGCACGCACCCUGCCACAACCCCAAUUGAUUCCGCGUACAACCCCACCAAACCCUAAAGGCUCAAUAACCAUCGAACCACACAUCAAACCGCAACAAACCACUCUUCCGCGUUCCACAAUGGCGUUCCUAGGCACAGCCCUAAACACAAUGGGCGCGUUAUUCCUCACGCAUGCCGUCUACUCAACCCACGAACACACCGCCUCAUACGCCCACACACCCCUCCCCAACGACAUAACAAUCGAGCUGCUCCUCUCCAUCCUGCUGCUCUCCACAGGCAUCGUGCUCUCCUUCCCGCGCCUCAAGCCCAUCCAGUACGCGACAUGGGCGGGUCAGCUUUCCAGCCAGGGCCCGCGCGGCGAGGGCAAGUAUACGCGGGAGGGCGAGGAGAUUCUGACGGAGAGCGAUCCGUUUUCGUUUUUGGGGCUGGAUGGCGGGAUUGGGGGGACUGGCGAGGGGAGGAGGGGGUUCUGGGAUGUGAGGGGGAAGAGGGGGGAGUAUGCUGCUUGGGCGAGGAGUGGGGGGAAGUAG